GGCCGCCCCGCACCGACGUCGGCGCGAAGCCCCGCCGCGCCCGGGGUGGAGCGGGGAGCGGGCGCGUCGCGGGAGAGAGGAGGCAGAUGCUUCCCGAGGCGCAGCCCCGCCGGAGGGGCUCGACCCUGGCUGGUACCUGUCCGCCCUCUCCGGAACGCGAGGACCCACCGGGCGGGUGUCGGGGAGCGGGCAGCGCCAUGCGCCCCUCCGAGGAGUGAAGGGGCGGCCGGGCUGCUCCGGUGCGGGCACGGAGUCGCCGCUGAGGUGGCCCGAGGUGACGGGAGGCCGGGAGAGGUACCGCGCCAGCGUCACUAGCGCUGCCACCAUUUCGUGGAACUACUGUUGGUUUCUACUGCACAAAGUAAAGAUUGGACCUUGUCACACAGCCUUCUUCAUCAGAGUACAAAGGGACAUUAUGAGCAGCUACUAGCAAAUCAUCAGAAUGCAAAAGACAGACUAGGACUUCAUUAUAGAAUUUGUUCUGUUGAAAGGAGAAGCCCAGUGUAUUCCUGGAGAACUUACAUGACUGGAGGUUUUACCUUCCAGGCUCCCAGCUGGGGCACAGAAGGGUCAUCUACAACGUGUCUCUCCAAGAAGACUCCACAAUGAAAAAAACAACCCAGAGUUGCUUCUUACUCAUCAUCCUUUUAACUAGAAUUGUUCCAAGUCUUUCUUCUGCUGUAAAUUAUACUGAUCCUACAUUAGAGCCUGUAGUAACUGAAAAUUCAGUCAUACGGCAGAAGAUAAUAGACUCGCAGUUCAAAUGUUAUGAGAGGAUGAACAGAGCUCCUCCAUACAAGAAAAAAGGUCUGUUCUGCAACCGAACAUGGGAUGGCUGGUUGUGCUGGGAUGACACACCUGCUGGAAGGCUCACUGCUCAGAAUUGUCCGGAUUAUUUUCCAGACUUUGAUCCAACUGAGAGGGCCUCAAAAUAUUGUGAUGAAACUGGAAAUUGGUUCCGCCAUCCUGAGAGCAACCGAACUUGGUCCAACUACACCCUGUGCAACUCUUUCACCUCUGAAAAGUUGAAGAUGGCGUUCAUACUUUAUUACAUGGCGAUCGUCGGCCACGCUUUGUCUAUAACAUCCCUGUUGAUUUCCUUGGCAAUUUUCUUCUAUUUCAAGAGCCUCAGCUGUCAAAGGAUAACACUGCAUAAGAAUUUGUUCUUUUCCUAUGUGCUGAACUCCAUGUUUACAAUUGCCCACCUCAUUGCUGUCGUCCCUAACCCAGGCCUUGUAAAAAGGGACCCUGUAAGCUGCAAAGUGCUGCAAUUCUUUCAUCAGUACAUGCUGGGCUGCAACUACUUCUGGAUGCUCUGCGAAGGCAUUUAUCUUCACACGCUGAUCGUGGUGGCAGUGUUUGCCGAAGAACAGCGUUUGCACUGGUAUUACCUCUUGGGCUGGGGGUUCCCUUUAGUGCCAGCAUCCAUUCAUGCAGUCGCAAGGGCCAGAUACUUCAAUGACAACUGCUGGAUGAGUGUUGACACACAUUUGCUUUAUAUUGUUCAUGGACCUGUAAUGGCAGCUUUAUUGGUCAAUUUUUUCUUUUUGCUGAACAUUGUCCGAGUUUUGGUGACAAAGCUGAGAGAUACCCACCGUGCUGAGUCCAACAUGUAUAUGAAAGCUGUCAGAGCUACUUUAAUCCUGGUGCCCUUACUGGGAAUUCAGUUUGUUAUUAUUCCCUGGAGACCAGAAAACCGACUUGCUGGAGAAAUAUAUGAUUACAUCAUGCACAUACUAAUGCAUUACCAGGGCUUACUUGUAGCUACCAUAUUCUGCUUCUUCAAUGGUGAGGUGCAAGGAGCUCUGAAGAGGCAAUGGACACAGUACAAAGCCCAGUGGGGCCAAAGGCGCCGCGAGCAUUGUUCCACACGAUCUACCUCCUACACGGCCACGUCCAUCACUGAGGUCCCUGUGUACCUGUACCAUCAUGAUGCCAACAAUGAACAGUUAAAUGGAAGAUACAUUGAGGACUCCGAACUCGUUGCGUUGAAAUCUGGAGACACGUGUGCCUAGCUCAGCACCAGCCACUGCAAACACAUCAUUUCAUGCUCUGCUUGUGAGAAAACUGGGGAGAAGGGUGGGAGUGAGGAAAUCCAAGAUGCUGUGUCAGAGUUUAGGCCCAGGCAGAAGGACACAUCCUAUUCAAACCACAUCAACCUCUGACAGCAAUGAUGUAGAGAGAGUGUAAUGCAGGCCUGGAAUAGCAUUUCUUCCUGUGCACUGCAGCCGGGAGUGAACAUGGACCUGCCCAUGAGGCUGUGUAAUCUCCACAUCUUCUAGAACCUGUAUGAGGUGACCAUCUGACAUUUGUAACAGCCACAGGUAGAUAAUAGCAAAUAGGAAAGAAAGAACCAGUAUGUGACAAUUGGAAACUUUCAGCACUUUUUGGUUUUGGUACUUUUCCUUAACACUAGAUUUUCUACCAUCAACUUUCACAAAGGGUAACUGACUUGGAGUCAUUCAUUUUUCUCUUUAAAUGAGCUGAAUGACCGCUUAAAAGAUCUUGCACAUUGCAAGAAAAAUCAACCAUAUGAACAGCAGAAAGUCAUUCCAAAUUAUUGAAAUCUUGAUGCCUUCCAAAGAAUGCCACAAAAUAAUACCAUCCCCAAAGGAUAGUCCAAAUUAUUAUCAUCACUUUAGCAGGGGCAUAAAGCAAAUCAAGGUGAAAUAAUCAUUGCAUCUCAAGAUCUCAAACACAGAGAAACAAAUCAAUUCUUCAGGCUUAAUGACACAAGUCCUGAAGACAUCUCAGAAUAGAUUUCAUUUAUCAAUACUGGUAGUUCAAGAAUAUUUAUUUAUAGGAAAAAUUGUCAGCCUGUUACUCUACCCAGAAACUCAUCAUUAAGACACAAUUCUCUCACUCUGAAUAAGCUGUGAAAUUAGUUUGGGAAGUAUGUUUUAUUUAACAGGCAUUCUGAGUUGAGUGGUAGAUGAAUGCUUGUUUCUGUUAUAAAUUUGUGAUCAUGGCAGAAAAUGUAACCAUGAAAGAAAUCAAGAAUCAAUAUCUUAGCACAGGAAGCAUUUACUUUUAGAAUCUGCUUGCUCUCCUGAGUUCCUAAUCAUUACACAGUCUUGCCAAAAUUCUUUAUGAUCUAGUUCUGUUUCUAUUGAAAUUAGCACACAAAUCCCUGUUAACUUGGAUGAGCAAUGAACAACUCUCUUCAAUGGUCAGGAAGGAGUUCAGUGUAGACUUCAAAAACAUGAGGCCAUUUCCUCCACAGUGACUUGAAAUCAUUUUUAAAUAUUGUAUCUAGCCAGGCUGAUUUUCCUUCCUUGACACAACCAGAGUCUAAGCUUUACCCUCAAUUUGUAGAUUUUAAGUGGAGAAAAAAUGUACAUGUCUAGCUACACGAGUUAGCAUCUCACUGGAAAAGUCCCUUCCAGGAGUGAGUUCAGGAGGCAGAGCUGUAAAGCCAGCACUGUGAAAAGGGACCAGGUUCACCCUGUCCAUCCAUACAUGAGGCCAUGCCUUGCAGGUAAGGAGGCUGCUCUGUUUUCACCACCAGCACACCCACCAGCUGUGCACCAUGGCACGUUGUCCCCAGAAUGAGGAGGAAGCUGCCAGCUCUGCCACUCUAGAACAAAAGAAGAGCUGAGGAACAAGAAGGAAUCAUCUGCUGGCGGUGCAGAUCAUCACAUGGUCAAUCCAGCGGGGCACUCACAAGAAAAUACCAUUGUGUGUGUUUGUUCAAGCCACAUACCUAUUUUUCAGACUUCAAGGAAUACAAAGACAGUAUUUUUUCAAACAACAGUAUUUCUCAUAUUGCUAUUUCUACUUUCACCAGUGAACAAUAGGAAACGGAGGAGCCAGUUGUUAAAGACAAUAAAGUGGCUCUGAUAUGAAUCUGUAUUAUUCUGGAUAGCUUUGGGGCAUACUGCACUUCCCAGGAGGGCUGCAGAAGGCAUUCCUGCUUUCUAAAGACAAAAAUGAGAUGAUUGUAAAAGAAAUGUGCAUAAUAUAGAGAGUUUAAUAAUGAACAUGUCGGUUUUAAUAAUGUAAAGUUUACAACAUGUAAGUGCAAGUUGUUUCACAGUCAGUUACGUUCAUGUGGAUGUACAAAAUGGAAAUGCUUUACCAUUAUACUGAUUGUUUUCUUUCUUCUAUAAUGAUAUUUUCUUGCUCUGUUUAGUAGAGUGCUCUGGAAAGUCAGAGUCAGGAGCUGAGGUUUAGGAUAUUGUUUGCAGCUUUGGUGUGCUUGUGUCAGUCUUUAUGGAAGCUUUGGCUGCAAUCAAGGGAUGAUGAUUUCCAGCCACUAAAAAAUUGGUCUAACAUACACACUGACUUUAGAGCUGUCAUCACACUUUAGUUUUGUAGGAAAGGCUGAGUUUUAAAGGUACUUACUGAGUAAUUUCUAAUCAAAAUAUUUUCCAAUGGGAAAUGCUAUUUUUCUUCAUCUCAACAUGGUUUGAAAUGCCAUAAUUGCACACAUAAGGUACAUUUUAUUCUCUGCUUUAUAAAUAGCACCAAACACUAGUGACAGUAAUAUUGAGAAUGCUGAUACAACCUCAAUAAUCCCAAUUAUGACAGCAGGUUGGUUUGACUCAAAUAGAUUUCACAAGAAAGCAGAAACACAUAAUUGAUGUAUAAGUGAAUCAAAAAGUAUGGAUGGAGCUGACACUUGAAUCAGUGGAUUCAGGGUGGAUUUUAAGAGGAAAGCAACCUCACAUUUAUCACCUCUGCAGUAUCAGCUUCCUCUCAAACACCACAUCCAACACACAAAAAUCCAGUUUAGUGAGCAUUUCCUCUUGCAGAAGGUUUUGUGUGGUUGCUCUGAGCAACCAAAUCUAUCAGGAAGAUAGAUUUAGAUGGAUGAUGGUUGUUAGUCUUUACGAGGUACAGAAACACAGCACAAAUUAAAAUAUUUGUUGUGGCGUGGGAUGUUGAAAGACUUCAUUUUUAUUUUAUUUACUUAAUAAAUAUAUUUUAUCUGAAAUAAAACAGCAACAAAAGUAAAACAGACAAUUUUCUCUGUAUUAAAAUUGUUAGCAAUAAUGCUACCUUAAUUAGAACAUUACAGAGUGCUCACAUAGCAAAAUAACUCUGCUUUAGGAUAAGAACAACCCCACAAAAAUGGUGAAUUUCUGUUCUCCCAUUCUUUGCCAGCUUCAAUAAGCAAAAUAUGAGCAGACUUACAAAGAUGGAUAUCUGAAACACUGAAAAUGUGAAGAUACCGACAUUUCCACUGCUAGCAAUUUUUAAAAUUUGGUGUGUCUCUGUGAAGCUAAAUACUGCUCAAAAAUUUGAGGAUUUGUAACCUAAAAGGUAUUUGCGUUGAAACAGUAAUUGAUCCCAAGCCACAAGAACCUGCAGUGUGAACAUGCCCUCUCUGCCUUCUGCACAACUUUUUAUGUACUUCCAGAUGGAUCCCAAAUCUGUAUUUAGGAACCCCUUUACUGAGCAUUCAGAGCAUAGUUGAGAAAAUAAAGUAAAUCUCAGCGUCACAAAUACAG